CACCAUAUUCCUCCUUCUCUCUCUCUCUCUCUCUCUCUCUCUGCACUAACUCCAUUGCCCUCUCUCUCUCUCCUCCUACCUUCUGCUAUCAACUCCUUCCAAAAACCCCGCCACAGUAGUCUGCCCACAACCUCCACCCCACGCCUUUUACUCAUCCUCCAAUCGGCGCCACCGCCGAUAAUGCACCCACCACCGACGUCACGGCCUAGUCAACCACACCAUCAAAUUCCUCCACAUAUAAUUAAAAAAAUCACACUAAGCCACUAAUUCUGUGCGCGCGCGGCUGAUCAACGCAUAGUAGUUCCCUUCCCUUCCAUCACCCGCACACAAUGAAUGCCGGCGCGGCCACGACGGCGGCGCUGGAGUCCACCUCCGCCUCAUCCGACGAGAUGGCCGCGAAGGCGGCGAACAAGCGGUACGAAGGGCUGGUGACCGUACGGACCAAGGCGAUUAAAGGGAAGGGCGCCUGGUACUGGGCCCACCUGGAGCCGAUCCUCGUCAACAGCUCCGACACCGGCCUGCCCAAGGCCGUGAAGCUGCGCUGCUCCCUCUGCGACGCCGUCUUCUCCGCCUCCAACCCCUCGCGCACCGCCUCCGAGCAUCUCAAGCGCGGCACCUGCCCCAACUUCGCCUCCGCGCCCAACCCCAUCUCCUCGCUGCCGCCCUCCUCUUCCUCCUCCGUCUCCGUCGCCGUCGCCGUCGCCGCCUCCCCUCCAUCCUCCCGCAAACGCGCCUCCUCUUCGUCCGCCGCCGCCGGCAAUAACGCCACCACGACGUCGUCUACGUUUCCGCCGCCUCUAGCCAUCGUAGACCCUUCGAGAUUCACAGUAGAUUUAGCUUACCCGCCGCACAGCACGAGCCUAGUUGUUACCCCGGCCGCCGCUGGCCAUCAGCAGCAGCUGGUUUUGUCCGGCGGAAAAGAGGAUUUAGGCGCUCUGGCAAUGCUGGAAGACAGCGUGAAGCGGCUGAAGAGCCCGAAAGCCUCGCCGGCGCCGGCAUUGAGCAAAUCCCAGGUGGAUUCUGCGCUGGACUUCCUCGCCGAUUGGGUGUACGAAUGUUGCGGCUCCGUCUCAUUGUCCAGCCUCGACCACCCCAAAUUCAAAUCCUUCCUCAACCAGGUCGGUCUCCCGCCCAUCUCCAAGCGCGAAUUCGCCACCUCCAGAUUGGACGCCAAAUACGAGGAGGCCAGGGCCGACUGCGAGGCCAAAAUCCGCGACGCCAUGUUCUUCCAGUUAGCGGCCCACGGCUGGAACAACUCCAACGAGAAUCUCCUUCACUUAUCCGUCAAUCUCCCAAACGGGACUAGUCUAUUCAAAAGGGCCGUCUUCACCAGCGGCUACGUCCACACCAACCUCGCCGAGGAGAUUCUGUGGGAUACCAUCACAGACAUUUGCGGCGGCGGCGGCGGCAAUGUGCAGCAAUGCGUGGGCAUUGUUUCCGACAAGUUCAAAGGCAAAGCGCUGAGGAAUCUCGAGGCUCACCAUCCCUGGAUGGUGAACCUCUGCUGUCAGUGUCAGAGCUUCACUAGUUUGAUCAAGGAUUUAGGGAGAGAGCUCCACUUGUUCAAGAACGUCACCACCAAUUGCAUGAAAAUUGCAAAUUUGAUAAACAAUAAGUCUCAGAUACGGCACACCUUCCACAAGUUCCAGGUGCAGGAAUACGGCCACGCCGCCCCGCUGCGAGUCUCUGAUUUCGCGGCGGUGGUGGAGGACAUACUGAGCUCUGCUCGGGCUCUGCACUUGAUGCUGACGGAUGAGUCCUACAAGAUGCUGUCAAUGGAGGAGCAGCUCGCGAGGGAGGUGGAGGAGAUGAUGAGGAACCCGCGCUUCUGGAACGAGCUGGAAGCGGUGCACUCGCUGGUGAAGCUGAUCAAGACGAUGUCUAACGACGUCGAGGAGGAGAGGCCGCGGAUCGGGCAAUGCCUGCCGCUGUGGGAGGAGCUGCGGGCGAAGGUGAAGGAGUGGUGCGCCAAGUUUCAGAUUCUUCAAGGGCCUGUGGAGAAGGUGGUGGAGAGAAGGUUCGAGAAGAACUACCACCCGGCGUGGGCGGCCGCCUUCGUCCUCGACCCGCUGUAUCUGAUCAGGGACGCGAGCGGGAAGUACUUGCCGCCCUUCAAGUGCCUGAGCUCCGAGCAGGAGAAGGACGUGGACAGGCUGAUAACGCGGCUGGUGUCGAGGGAGGAGGCCCACGUCGCGCUGAUGGAGCUCAUGAAGUGGCGGACGGAAGGCCUCGAUCCGAUGUACGCACAAGCUGUGCAGCUGAGGCAGAGGGACGCGGCCACGGGGAAGAUGAAGAUCGCCAACCCGCAGAGCAGCAGGCUCGUGUGGGAGGCGCAUCUCACCGACUUCAAGUCGCUCGGGAAGGUGGCCGUCAGGCUUAUCUUCCUGCACGCUACGUCCUCGUCCUCGUCCUCUGCUUAUACGUCCAAAUGCUCUUUGAUAAGACAUUUUCAUUCUCAUUCUCAUUCUCAUUCUCAUUCGAGGGCGGGGAUGGACACGGCGCAAAAGCUCAUGUUCAUCUCCGCGCAUUCGAUUUCCAAGCAUGAGCAUGAUCAUGAUCAUGAUCAUGAUCAGCAUUUUGCCUUGCCAAAUGGUGAGGACGAUGUGCUCGAUGAGGUUUUUGUUGAUUCUUCCUCUGUAAGCAUCUAGUUUGAGACCUCCAUAUAUGAGCAUAGGCUGCAAUUGACAAAAUCUCUAGAUGUUUUGAAUCCAAGUUAGCUGAGAUCAAUCUCCAAGUUAACCAGAGAAUUGAGGAAGGUGCCUUUUAUUAAAGGAAAGUCAAUAAUAAUUCCCUCAUUCCUCGGUGGUAACUCGAGCUCUCAACCUAAGGGAAGUGUCGUACUAAGUGAAGCCAUGUAUUCAAAUCAUGGUUGAGUUUUAAACAUUCCAAAGUUGGUGAUGUUGAUGCAGAUUCGUUGGAUGAUGCUCCCCAUGAUCGCAUAAAGGGUCGAGGAGAGGACCCAAAGUUGAUGAAGAUUGUCGAGAUGAAAGGCAAAAAGAUGAAUUGAUAGUGAUUGCAUAACAAAGAUUUGACUAACUGUAGCUUUGAGAGAUGGAAACGUAUCAUAUCGCAGUACGAUCCAGUAUUUUUCAUGUGUUCGUAGUGCUUGUGAGUGUUGUAAAGCUUUUUUUGGUCUCAAAUUGGGCUUUCUAUGUUUGUUCAUCAAUUAUUAAAUUUCUUGGAGUCGCAUUCCCAUUUAAUUACACGACCACUUUAUGGUUGGAAUUAAAAUAAUGUUUUAGUAUUUGUUGGAUUUUUAUUUCAUUUUAUUUUGUUUUGUUUCA